AUGGGAUAUAAAAUAGAAGAAUUAAAAUCUAAAUUACAAAUGAUUGGCUCGCCGAUCGUCUUUUCACAUAAUGAUUGCCAGUGUGGGAAUAUAUUAUCGCUUACUGAUGGAUCAGGUCAGCUAGCAAUCAUUGAUCUAGAAUACUCUGGUUGGAACAACCGUGGUUUUGACAUAGGCAACCAUUUAUGUGAGUGGGCCUUUGACUACAACUCAACAGAAUCCCAUAUGGAACAUAAAGAUUGUUUAUCAAGAGAUGAACUUUUAAAACAAUUAAAAAUAGAAGCUGACGGUUAUUCAUUAACAAGUCACGUUAUGUGGGCAUUAUGGGCCAUUAAUAAUUCUACUGGUCAUGUUGAUGAUUUAGAAGAACAACCGCUGCUGCAGCAACUUUUAAAGCUAACUUCUAAUUUACAAGGUGGUAAUGAUGGCAAUGAUGCUGCCAAUGGAUUGAGCAGAAAAAAUAUAUUAGAACAUCAUCUUAUUUUUUUUAAUGCUGAUAUAAGGGGAUUAACUGAUAAAAUAACACAAUCUCAACAUAAUCAACAAUAUUUAAAUAUUUCUUUAGAUUGGAAUGAACCUGUUGAUACAGCUUUACUUCAUUCUAUAGCAUGGAAUGUUGAAAGAGAAUUAUUGCCACUUUCAGCAAUCUCAGCUCAUACAAACUAUUCCAUUGCUUAA